GUGCAUCCCCAGCGGUCAGCUCGGGCCCUCGGGCCCUCCCACUCCUCUUCUCUGGGUUUGCACGCCCCGGGGGUAUUUCUCCCAGCACACCCGCCCCUGGGUCUCGGAACGGGAAGCAGCGGCUCCUGCGCGGCCCCUUCCUGACUGUCUGGCCCGGGUUGAGCCUGUCUGCAGCCCUCCCCUCUCUACUACCCCGCCUCCGUCUCCCCACCGAUCUUCGGUCCUUAAGAGGGAGGGGGCUGCUGCAGGAUAAUCUGCAUUUACAACAUCAAGCUGCUAUCUUCCAUUUGGGCCAGUUUGAAGAACGAACACAAGCAUGUGUGCAAUUUGUAAGGGUUGGUAAACUUGGAGAACUGGAGUUGUUCAGGAUUGCUGAAGAUGAAAAUUGCUUUAAUCACAGUGGAGCUAAAGGCUAGAGGCGGCAGGAUGUGGCUAAUGAGCGUGCCUGAGGGGAAAGACAAGCCUAAGAGAGAAGACAAAACAGAAAGCAAUUGAAUGUCCCAAGUGGCUGCGACCCAGGGAAAGGAUGCUGGCUACCGAAUGGUUCAUUAGAACUACAUUUUAGAAAGGGAAACAGUCUCAGCGGGACAGCUUCUGUGGCUUCCAGAUUCACCAUGGCCCUGAUUCUCUGGUUGGACGGCUGAAGUCACUGUGGGUCCAAUACUUGCUUUUUGUCUUUGGCCGGUCUCCUGGUACCAUCUGCUUACAGGAUCUGGUGGGAAUCAUAUGCUACCAAAGGUUGGAAUCCGGAGAGAGAUGGACUCCGACAAGCUAAAAUGGAAGUAACUUGACAGCUUCAGACCCUCCAGUUGCCUCUUGUAAGGACAAGUUAAAAGUGGGAACACAAACGUGUCUGGGAGAGCAGUAUGCAGGAAGCUGGUUUUCAGGCCACAAACGCUUUCACAGAGUGCAAAUUCACCUGCACCAGUGGUAAAUGCUUGUAUCUUGGCUCGCUGGUCUGUAACCAACAGAACGAUUGUGGGGAUAACAGUGAUGAAGAGAACUGUCUGCUGGUAACCGAACAUCCUCCUCCUGGCAUCUUCAACUCUGAACUGGAGUUUGUCCAGAUCAUUAUCAUCAUUGUUGUAAUCACGGUGAUGGUCGUGGUGAUCAUUUGUUUAUUGAAUCACUACAAGCUCUCAACACGGUCCUUCAUCAAUCGGCAGAGUCAAAACAGGAGGCAAGAAGAUACUUUGCAGCCGGAAGGGUGCUUGUGGCCUUCAGACAGUUCAGUGCCACGACAGGCUGCUGCAGAGAUUAUGUAUGCCCCCCGGACUAGGGACAGAUUUACUGCCCCAUCAUUUAUGCAGAGGGACCGUUUCAGCCGCUUCCAGCCCACUUACCCUUAUGUACAGCAUCAGAUUGAUCUUCCUCCCACGAUCUCCCUCUCUGAUGGGGAGGAGCCACCGCCAUACCAGGGACCUUGUACCCUGCAGCUUCGGGAUCCUGAACAACAGAUGGAACUCAAUCGAGAAUCUGUCAGGGCCCCACCCAACCGAACUAUAUUUGACAGUGAUUUGAUAGAUAUUUCUAUGUACAAUGGGGGCCCAUGCCCACCAAGCAGCAAUUCGGGCAUAAGUGCAACCAACUGUAGCAGUAAUGGAAGGAUGGAAGGACCACCCCCAACUUACAGUGAGGUGAUGGGUCAUUACCCUGGCUCCUCUUUUUUCCAUCACCAGCACAGCAACACCCAGAGGGGAAGCAGACUUCAGUUACAGCAGAACAAUUCAGAGAGCACAAUAGUACCUAUCAAAGGCAAAGACAGGAAACCUGGGAACCUUGUCUGAUUUCCUCCUCUGGCACUUGAGCAGAAGAGAAGAAAAACCAAUAGGGAAGGGCAACCCAUAGGCCUGCCUCCUAUGCACAAUGUUUUGAAGUUUUACGUGGUACACCUGAGUAAAACCAAAUGUGCAAACGU